AUGGAUCAUGGAAAGGCAAUCGUAGACAGUGGGGUGCCAGGAGAGGAUACGAGUGGGUUGCUUCCCCAAGAGAAAUUGAAGGCCGAGUUAGAGCUCUCUUAUUCGAAAGGCAUUCUGGUACCAACGACUCCACUCAGCCUCUCUAAACAGGAUGAGGAAGACGAGGAUGUGGAAUCUGAGGUGGAACCUGAUGAAGACCCGAACGACGAACCUGAAGAAGACCCGAACGAGGAACCUGAAGAAGACCUCAAGGAGGAACCCGAGGGAAAUCACAUGGAGUACCAUGUGGAACAAAGAUACGAAACGUUCCAUAUGCCCUAG